AUGAUAUCGGCUCUGUUGCUUCUUCUCCUUGUAGCGGCCAGCGCCGCGUAUACAGAGGAGCAACUCAGCUGUCUGUAUCGCUUGUACGAUGAGACAGGUGGCGAGAAUUGGCACGUUAAGACACAUUGGCCACCUCCGGAGUUGCGCGUCUUUCCUCACGACCCGUGCACCUUUGCCGGCAUCACCUGUUCCAAGAAGAAAGACAUAGAGAUGAUCAUUCUCUCUGGGAAUAACCUGGUCGGCAGCCUCCCCGGAUGUUUGCAUGUGUUUGACGUGACAGACAUGGAAUUCUCAACGAAUCAGCUUUAUGGAGAGUUUCCUCGAGUCAACUGCAGCAGGCUCGACACUCUGUACUACAAGUUCAAUAAGUUCACCAGCCUUCCCGAAAACAUUUGUGAUUGUCAUUCUCUUCAGUACUUACACGUUGAGUACAAUGACAUGAGCGGACAUGUCUUCCCAAGUUGCCUGCUAGAGAGGUCUGAGCAAUUUGGGAUUUUCUACGCCGUCAAUAACAAUUUGUAUCUAGACAGCAAAGCCAAAUAUACACCGGCUUCUACAAAUUUCAUCGCAGGAGGCAACGACCUUCAUCUGGACUUCUCCACGGCAUCUCUUGCAAAGUCUCCCGAUACAACAAUGCUAGACAUUUCUGCAACCAAAUCUAAGGGUCACAUAAGCUUCCCAGAGCUUUUCAACAAGUAUUCUUCCGUCAAAGAGCUCAAUCUUCAGGGUAACCUCUUCACUGGUGACCCUUUUACGACAGAAACUCUAAAGCCGAACCAUCUGCUUCAAGUCUUGGACUUGGAUAACAACAGUUUUGCCAGCGUCAUCACAUCUAGCGCUCUCCUCCAAUACUUCAACCAGUAUCCCGCGAAAAUGAUAUCCUUUAGGGUAAGCAACAACCACAUCACUGGACUACCGCCUACCACUAAAAUGCUGGGAGUGAUUCGUGCAAGGUUACCGAAUCUUCAGGCUUUCGAUCUUGGCUCCAAUCCGUUUCUGUGCCCGCCGGACUAUUCUGCUUAUGAAUAUUCCUUAGGCUGCACACAUAUUUUGAUAGAGAAGAUUAGUGUUGCUAAUAAUGCAGGUGUCCAAAUCACCACAUAUCUGUCCACUGAUAUUGCAUUUAAGCAUCUUCCCGUUGACCUCAUUGUUCCUCACUUAUCUGUUAACCUUAUGAACACGACGGCUGGAGUAGAUGCGGAUGAAUGGUUUCUGGUUCCAUCUAUAGACCUCAUGACUCUUGUGGAUGCUAACACUAAUAAGUACAAGGCUACAUUCUCGAUAACCGAAGCAGAUGCUGUCUCUCUCUUCGGAGACAGCUUCCAGAGCAUUACCCCUGACAAAGUUCGCAUCUUGUUUGAUGGCAAGUGCGUCUCCAUACAUGAGAGCCGCAAGAAAGAUGCUGCUGUUGAUAGCCGUUUCAAUGAUGCUGUCUUGCGAGAAUCAGAGGAGAGGUAUCGCCGUACAUCUCAAGGUGCUGAUGACUUGAAGAUUCUCGUGGAGUUCUACGGCAUUUCCAAAUGUCCGGGAUACAUAUCCACAGUCAAUGAGCUGAUCAAUCCAUUCAUACGUCAAUACCCAGAGCUGCUCCAAAUAGUGGACAUCAGAUUUGUGUCGCAGGCCGAUGCAGAAUCGAGGUACUCUGCCCAUGGAAUCACUAUGCACGGGCAAGGAGAGGUGUUUGGAGAUAGGUUUUUGAUGUGUUUGCAAGAAUAUGCCGAUUACUUCAUCUUCAACGAUGUCACCUCCUGUUUAUACGAGGACGGAACAAGCUCCUCCAUCCCAUACGCUAUUGAAGACUGUUUAGAUCAAGUGAUUUCCGAUAAGGCGCUGCAAAAGAAAAUCAUGGACUGCAAAGAUGGCGAGAUGGCAACGUCCCUUUUUGUAGAAUCUAAAAAGAGGUGCCGUCAGUUGGGUGCUGCGUUUUCAUGUACUAUCUUUGCUGACUCUCAGCUUGUAUGUCCAUAUGGUGAUGCCACUUGCCCAUUCGAUCCUUUCGAUAUAGAAUCCUUUGCCGUGUACCUUUGUAACUUGUAUAGAGCCAAAAACUCAUACAUUCAUAAGAUGUGUGAGAACAUUCUGAAGUAA